AUGACUUCAGACUCCACCUCCACCACCCCCGCGGUUGUCCCGCAGACCCAGGUCACUCUCGGCUCCAAGGUCAUCGCAAUCACCGGAGCCAACCGAGGUAUCGGCCUCGGCAUCGCAGAAUGCUGCCUCGUCAACGGAGCCUCCAAGGUAUACUCAAUCGAUAUCGGCGAAACAGGCGAUGACUUUGCCGCCCUGUCAAAGCGCUUCCCAGGCCAGCUCUUCGCCGUGAAUGCCAACGUCACACAAGAAGAAACAAUUACAGCUGCCGUCGACCAGAUCAUCGCCGAAGCCGGUGCACUGCAUGGAAUGGUCGUCAACGCUGGCCGAACCCAUCACAAAGCCGCCCUUGAUUUCACUAAGGAAGAGAUUGAGAAUUUGUUCAACGUCAACCUCUUCGGCGCAUUCUAUACUGCUCGUGCUGCUGCCCGUGCCUUUAUCAAGCUUGGCAUUAAGGGCUCAGUUGUGUUUACUGCUUCUAUGGCUUCUUACCGUCCUAACAAGCGCGUCCCCUCAACACCAUACGGCGCCUCCAAAGCCGGAAUCCGCAACAUGACACACACCCUAGCAAUGGAGUGGGCCCAGUACGGUAUCCGGGUUAAUAGUGUCUCCCCUGGCCUGGUCAAUACCGCUAUGACUUACUGGGUGCCCCAGCAGCCUGACUGGGAACAGCAGCUUAAGUACUAUGGAGGCUUCCCUCGUCUUGCUGAGGUGCAGGAGCUUGGUGGGGCUUAUGUUUAUCUGCUUAGUGAAGCUGCCAGCUACACUACUUCUAUUGAUAUCCCUGUUAAUGGUGUUAUUGGCAUCUGUUGA